UGUUCUCAUCUAACUAUGACGCGUGCUUUCGAUCCCAGGUUAACUUGUUCUAAGUGCGGUAAACCAGGCCAGUAGGGAUGGCUCUGGAGAUGCACCGAAGAUCGAGAACUUAUCAUCGAACACGCCAUAGAGAAGAAAUACCAGGUGUGUUUCGAUCCCCUUGGGCGGAAAUUCGUUGAGUUGUUAAAGAAGGUUCGGCCUGGACGUCCUCGAAGCAUGUCGGAGCCGUUCGGCGUACUCAAGGAGGUCAAAAGUGAGCAGUUAAAGAGCUAUACGCCUGACCAAUUCUGCACCAUCAUCUCGCAAAGGGACCAUGUCCGUAAUCUUGCACAGGCAGAAUCGCCUACAGUCAAUCCGCCACCGGGAUUCCAGUUAGUUGAGGGCACCCCACCCUGGGUUCCUCCUCGGCAUGAGGAAUGUCGCUUCAUAUGCUGUCAAAGUUGUCGUCCUUCAUGCGAAGCGAGAUCCUAUCUGAGUCUGGAUGGUAUUGCGAAUGGUGAUAUACCACCCACUGCAGCUAUUGGCUUCGGCUUCCAUACUUUUUGUUUUAGGCCAAUUAUCCAUCCAGAUAGGCUGAAAAAUAUUGGCCUAAGGGCUGUACCUUGGCCAUUGGCUCAUGAUAGCCCGACAUUAUCGGCAGUGGGUCCAUGGCGUAGUUCAUGGAACAGUUCAUGGGAAAGUUUGAACCUUGCUGACGGUCAAGUGAACGAGACCGAGCAGGUUAGACAUGUCGAGGACGUUAAGGACGUUGAACAUAUUGAGGAUGAGGACGCUGAGGAUGUUGAACAUGUUGAACAUGUUGAACGUGUUAAAUCAGUCCGAUUCCAGCCCAACGGUACGAACGGUACUAUCCCGUCAGUCCGACCAGUUCUUCGUGAUUCAUUUGAGGAGAGUGUCGAGUUUACAGUAUCUGUUGGAAGCUCGAUACCGCUCCUUGCUCCCCAAAAAGAAGAAAAGGCGCGUCUCUGCAGAUCCCCUACCUAGUGAUGGGAGAGGAGGUGAAGGAAUGUUCAGAAGUUGACCAUGGCAUGACAGUCCCAAAGGAGGAUGUUAGCUUAAAACUGUCUGACAUCAUCACUCAGCUAUAGUCGGAAAUAUGUCAUUGUUGGAACGAUGCUCGGUUGAUCCCAAACCUCAUGCGCUGGCUUCGCCGGAAGACCGGUUGCCUGAUACUAUAGGAUAUGGACUGUGAUUUGAAACCAAGCGUUUUGCACGCAAAGCCUAAUGGCUAGUUAAAUAGUUCGACAGCAGGUUUUGUUUCUAGCGCUAGUCAAUAGUUUUUAAUUGAUAUGAUUUUCAUCAAUAUCAUUGUCUCUUUUCUAUUGUCCCUCAGGUACC